AUGGAUUCUCAACUAGGCAGCGUUCUUAUCACAGGAGCCAACAGGGGCCUGGGCUUGGAGAUGGUGAAGCAAAUGGUGGAGGGCCCCCAUCCAGUGAGAAAGAUGUUUGCCUGUUGUAGGGAUCCAGAUGGAGCCAGGGCUGAGGCCUUGCAAAUGCUGGCAAAGAAGCAUCCUAACAUCAUCUCCGUCGUCCGUCUGGACGCCAGUGACCUUUGUAGCAUAAAACAGUGCGCCCAGCAGGUGGGCUCUCUGGUGGGGACAGGGGGUCUCAACCUGCUGAUUAACAACGCAGGCAUCCUGUUCAAAGGCAACGUGCAGGAAACCAGUCCGGAAGACAUGCUGAAUACCUUCAACAUCAAUGUCAUGGGCCCUAUGAACAUGCUUAAAGAGUUCCUGCCUCAACUACUUGCGGCAGCGAAGGCCAGUGGGAUUCCAGGGAUGUCCAGCAGGAAAGCAGCAGUCGUUAAUAUCUCCUCAUUUCUGGCUUCAAUGGGAAGUAUAGGACAGACGUACGACUACAUGCCCGCCGUCUCCUACCGCAUCAGCAAGGCCGGUUUGAACAUGCUGACUAUGUGUGCUGCAGAGGAGCUGAAGAAGGAUCAGAUCCUGUUUUCUCUGCUGCACCCUGGCUGGGUGCGCACAGACAUGGGUGGAGAGGAGGGGGAGAUUGAUGCUCCGGAGAGUGUGCAGGGGAUGCUUGAUGUGAUGGCCUCCCUGACCGAGAAGCAGAACGGAGCCUUGCUGGACUAUAAGGGAAAGUCCAUCCCCUGGUAGCUUCAAACCACUUCAUAAACUGCAGUGGCUAAAAGAAUCCAAGUGAAAUAAACAAACAUGUGUUCCAUUUGCUUUGCUUGCAUCAGGCUCACUUUACACAUAAACACUUAAAUGAUCUGACACACACUUGGGUAAUUUCUUAAAUUAAAAGAUAUAUACACA